AUGGAGGGUGAGAGUGUAUAUAAACUAGCACUCAGGUGUGCAGAGAGGGAGAUAGCUUCAGCGGACUUUCUUAAUUUAUACAAAGAGUUCUACAAUGAAAAGGUAUCAGCCAAUGUGGAGAAUGAUGAUAGUCCCGAAGAGAAGUCCAAAAUAACUGAAGUUUGCAAUAGAUUGGCCACUGACCUUCUUCAGCUUUUAAAUUCGCAGAGGCAGUUGCUUCUUGCUGAUUAUGUGGCAGAAGUACUAUUCGUGAAUUAUAAUUCUGAGCUCGUAAAUGCAGUUUUGCCACAGAUAUACUCCGUUGACAACCCUACCAUGUUACUUCACUUCUUUUCACAGUCCUGUGCCUUUUUCGCAAAGUUGUCAGAUUCAUUGAUAGCUGAUGACAUCUCUAAAGACGCCCCCAAAUGCAUUAUACCUAGCGUCCUGAAUGCAGAUCCCCAAAGGAUGGAUGAUACCCUUAUAGUGGCAGUGUGCAAGUUUUUGCAAUUCGUGCUGAAGAACGUAAGUGGCAGCAUAACAAUCGAAUCUGAUAGUUUGAGAGAAAGCUGUUAUGCUUUGAUGUCAAGGCUAUCAAAGUUGAACAAACUAUUGCAUAGAAAGGUUUCUCAGACAAUUGACUCCAAAAUUGAGUUUAAGAAUGCCAAGAAUAAUCUCACUAAGGAUAGCGUACAGGAGUAUGGAAGUUCACCUUCCAUAUCGUCUCCUCAAUUUAUUGCCAGUCCUUUCUCCACUUCCAAAGUUCCAUCUUCAAAAGCCUCUACGGUCAAGUAUCAAGAUAUGAAACUGCUGCGUUUCUACAAGAAUAUUUGGCUGAAUAACAAGAUUAAAAACUGGGAGCCCAUAGAUGCUGGAUUUUUGAGUAGAUAUGCCUCGAUAGCACCUUCAAUUUUUCAAGACGCAACAAUCCCAUUCCCUACUGUGGAUGCACAACUCACUGAUUUGAUAGAAACAUCUUUCACUUGCUUUGCUCAGUUUGUGAGCAACAAGCAAUAUCAUCAAUCAAACUCUAAUCUGAAUCUCCUGGAGAGACAGUGGAUUAUCUUUAUUGUGACUCAGAUUCCACUAUUGAUAUUAGAGAACUCGACAGGAAACUCUCAAGUGAUAACGAAUGCCUUGGGAAGUUUAGAUGAUAAAGUUGUCAAGGCAAUAAGGACUUAUUAUUCUGAAAAAGAUGAUGCUAAGAACAGGAAUGAAGAUUUGUUUGACGACUAUCCAUCAGCAAGUCUCGACAUAAGGCAUGAAUUUAUCAAGAGUUUGGUCAAAUUAGGUUUGCAGCCAGCAACUGCGAUUAAUGAGUAUCUCAGGGAAGACCAAGUGAUAGACACAAAAUCUUUACCUGUGAGGGAUGAUCUAACUGUCAAUAAUUCGCAGGGCGGCGAGGAAGUCAUAACCGAUAUCAAACAAUUUGUUUCUUCCUCUCUCGAUUCACUUGAACCAGAGCUUGUCGGAAUUCAGUCAAAUGAACACAUCGAUGGGCUACAACAAGUUUUAAGAAACUUCGAGAAUGUUCCGCCAACCAAGCAAAAGGUGUUAUCUCACGUUUUCGUCGAGCUACUGGAAGAAGCGACUAACAAAUUUGACUUCAAUCGUAUAGGCAAAAUCUGCCUUCUACUCUCUUUCAAUUUUUCUCACUCAUUAACAGCCAUACUUACCUUCAUGACCCCAGUAAGGAUCUGUGAAAUCUUGAUGAAGUUUAUCGACGUUUUAUGGGAUGGCUGUGUGGAAGUUAAGAGGAAAGAACUUGCAGAUUCGGAGUUCGAAACGAUGAAUAUGUUCUCCUCCUUUACAUGGUCUUUGUUAAUGUUGAUCGUUAUAUCACAAAAUUACGAUAUUUCUCUUAUUGAUGUUGCUUUACAAUCAUCAGAACUCACCACGGAAAGCUCUUUCACUAUACCUUUCGUCUCAAAGCUACCUGAGAUCCCUGACAUUUAUUUCAAAGACCAGACCAAGGCAGUAGAUCCAAAUAUGCACACAGAGUCUCACCAAAUGGUUGAAAAUUGGUUGAGAGAUCUAUUUGUUAAUGGCUCUAUUUCUGAUUCUCUACUGCAAAGUGUUGACACAAAACAGUUGGCCUCACUGAUACCUUUCAUCUUUAAGCAAAUCUUAUUGGCUCUUGAAGUAGAAGCUAUUGAUGAUAUCUCUAACCUUGUCGGUGGCUUUGAGUAUUUUUUGCAACCUUUCAUGCUUAUAGGCCUCAUCAAGAUUGUUUAUUGGUUGGAACAAUACCUGUACAGCUUAAGGAGUGAUAUGAUAAAUGAAAGUUUACUCGAGAAAGUGUUCACGUUACUGAACACGAUUUUCAACCCGACGUCAUUGAAUGAAGAUUCACGAUCAUUUCACAGCGCCGUAUUGAGACUGAAUGCUGUAAGGCUUUUGAGAGUGCUGCGAAAAUUCCGAGUUCAAUCCCAAUCAAACUAUGGAAUUUAUUCUUCCGAGGCCAGUGGGCAUCCUAAAUUGGAAUCAUUAAUAAAAAGCUUCACUACAGUUUUGCAAGUAUCACCCAACUACAACCUCGAUCCAAGAGAUAUAAACUCUGAAAAUGCAUUUUCUCAAAAGCAACUAGGAUAUGGGAGCAUGUUAAUUCUCAACGAAAACCCUAUCAACAAGAUAAUGACAAACCAAAUCAACUCCUUUUGGAAUUUACACAGCAGCACCUAUUACAAUCUUGAUUAUUUGGAAGAGAUCAUCGAUUUGGUGACACCCCGAAACUUCCUAAUCGAUGUAUUCCGGACACUUGAAUAUAAGCUGAGUACCUAUGGAGUACCUGGAGUGCGCAAUAAAAUGUCUCCAGCGGAAUCGGAACAUGUAUUAAACUACCUCUUCUACUUUUUGGCACUUUACGAUGUUAAGUCGCAGGAUGAUGCUACAAAACUACUAUCCUUAAUGGAGAAAUCCGAAAUCCCUUCGACUGCGAAAGAGGCUCAGCUUAAAAGUGAGCCUGCUCCCAAGCAGGAAGCUAUGCCAGAUGAUGACUUCGACAUGCUUUUUGGUGAAAAUGACACUAGUACGCAUGGUGGUGAUGAAGAGGUUCAAGUCACAAAUGUUGAGAGAAACUGUAAAUUCAACGGCACUGCUGCAUACCACAGAGGGUCCUUUGGAUUGUUAUUGCAUGAGCUUAAGGUUGAUUACGAUUCAGCUUUGGCAGCACGAGAUAUCACAAAGGAAGCCCGUGACAAACUUGAUAGAUAUCAUGAAAAGUACAUUCAUAUGUUGAGAACAUGCGUUUUUUGA